UGUGAUGAUCAAUUCGCCUCCUUUGAACGUUCAGAUUACAUCCCCACCAUGCUACUCUGCAGGCCCAGUCCAGUCCAGCUUCCCCAUAGGCUCUAAACUUUGCAUACACACAUCAUUCUUACCUUCUUUUCGCCGCUUAUGCUUGGAGAUUUGCUGAGCAUGAAGCACCCCAUAGGUGACAACCUCUACUGAUCAUCUAUUCAUCCUGUCGCCUACCUAUCUGCCCUUGAUGCCCUCUCGAUCAAAUCCAGACAGCCAGACGCUCCAUACCAUAUCAAAAGAUGGUCCGUGGCGGAAACGUCAAGAGCGAGGGCGACGACUCUUCCCAAAGCGAACCCAAAACGAGCAAAAGAAGAUGUGUGCAGUCUGCUUGUGUGCCUUGUAGGAAACGCAAGUCAAAGUGUGAUGGUGGAAAGCCCAACUGUGCCACCUGUACUGCCGUGUACAAAACGCCUUGCCACUAUGACGAACAAAGUGAAAGCCGCCGCACCAAGGUUGCUCCGUCGUCCUCACAGAAGCGCGACAAUUCGAGUAUUGUCGACUCUGGUGACAAUGCAGAAUUCCUAAUUCAUUCCAUUCGCAACUUGCCCGAUGCCGAAGCGUACGAGCUGAUCCAGCACAUUCGCAAGGACCCCGUCCUCGAUAUCGCAAGCCUCGCAGACACUUGGAAGAAGACAGUGACUCUACCGAUCCAUAGUGCAUCCGAGCAUGCUUCAUUGGAGCAUGAUCUAUCACUCUUGAUCGGGAAGCCAUCCGUUACGAAGACAGGUCAGUCGAGGCACUUUGGUCACAGUUCUAGUUUGGGAUUGGUGCCAGAGGAUGAAGACUACACAAGGGCACAAAUACAACCAGGACAGGCCCUCGAGAAUCGUCGCAAUGGCACAUGGACGACCGUGACGGACGACAUCGGUUUCGUGGAACGACUACUCGAUCUAUACUUCCGCUGGUCGCACCCAUUCUAUGUCGCAUUCUCGCGUGAAUGCUUCUACAAGGACUUUCGAAGCGGGCGACAAAAGUACUGUAGCCCAUUACUUGUCAAUGCAAUUCUAGCCUAUGCUUGUCAUUUCACGGAUGAUCCUGCUGGCCGCAGCGACCCGGACAACUUUCGGACAGCGGGCGAUUACUUUUUCGCAGAGGCGCGGAGGUUACUCUACGAAGACGAGACUCCAUCGCUGCUCACAACACAGGCACUGUGUGUCAUGUCGAUACGUGAGCCCUCUGCCGGGAGGGAUAGUUCUGGCUUCAUGUACAUUGGGAGAUGCAUGCGCAUGGCCGUGGAGCUCGGGCUGCACUUGAAAGAUACGUCGCCUGACUUGACACUGACACCAUCAGAAGUGGAGGUGCGAAAGGUGACUUUUUGGGGUUGCUUUACUCUGGAAACCGUGUGGUCCCUCUGCGUCGGCAGGAUAUCACAGUUGCCCCAAGCAGCUAUUACUGUCGACAAGCCGAUACUCGAAGAAGACUUCUAUAGCCAAGUCACUCCUGGAAUGGUCACCAGCCGUGUCUUCCUACAGGAAUUUAGCACUCUGUCCGAGCUCAUUAAUGACAACAAUUUUAUGUAUUUUGCCCCGAAAGAACGAUUCACGAGCCGGCGUCUUCUCGACAUGUACAACAAGUAUCAACUCUGGUACAAGAGUUUGCCGUCAUCGCUGAGUCUUCCUACCGAUGGAGGGCAGCCACCCCCUCACAUCAUUGGCUUCUCUAAUGAUCUUCACAGUAUGCUGUACUACACGGUACUCGUACAUCUGUUUCGGCCAAUGCUCAAGGUCGAUCUCAUCCACUCCGAUCUUCGACCUAGAGAUAUUUGCAUUGAUAGCGCCAACAUGGUAACUGACCUGCUCCGGCUUUACAGGCGCUACUAUGACAUGCGGGCAUGCCAUCUCAUCAUAACACACAUUCUUCUGUCCGUCAGCAUCGUCCACCUGCUCUAUUCCCCCGAUAACCCCACAAGCGCAGCGAAUCUAGUAGACAGUCUACAGGGCCUUGAGGACUUAUCGGUUUGCCACUAUUUCGGCGCCCGCUCCUUCAAAAUCGUACACGCAUUGGCUAAGACGUGGAACAUACCUUGGCCCGAAGCUCUCAACCUGAGUAAACUGCUCCCUCGCGACGACGGAACUCUUGAAUCGCCCUCUCUCGACAGCAUGUUUAACAGCAAGCCAACCCCAGUAGCUGCACACGACCUUCAGGCGAACAAUUAUGGCCCACCGUUGCCUCAACCCGGGAUUUCCGCUCGCCGGGAAUCCCUUUCGAUGUUCGCACCCAACCCAGACAUGGCCGCUACUUCCCAAGAGUCGAACUUUCCACACCGGCCCGCGAUGCUCCAAACCGAUGGCCUAAACCACGCGACACUUGGAUACGCAAACACGUCCGCGUCCCCUACAGCAGCGCUCCACCAACACCAUCACCACCACCACCACCAACCACAACAACAGCAACAGCCACAGCAACAACCACAGCAACAGCAGCAGCAGCAGCAGCAGCAGCAGCAGAAUCCCGCGACCGAAGCAGCCGAGCACCUCUUCUGGACACCCAUCCCGGGCAUCGGCGUCCCCAUCAUCCCGCGAACCUACCAGAUGAGUCCCAUGGACCUAAAUAACAUGCUCGGCACGGCAGGCGCCGACGAAUGGAACCGCUUCAGCAGAGACGGAUUCAAGAUCAGCGACGCGUGGGUCCCGGACCCAAUGGCCGGGUUCCACAAUGGCGGUGCGGGCGCCACGGUCACUACCGAUCAUCAAGCACAACAGCAGCAGCAGCAGCAGGGCAUAUCGGGUACUUCCCAUGACGGUACUGCUGGGCAGGGGUAUGAUUGGUGGGGUGGUGCUGGAGCUGGCGGGCAAGGGUAG